AUGUUGGUCUGCUACUUGGCCCUUCUUUUAGCGGCGCUGGUUAUACCUAAAGAUGGUGCUGCUGAUAUCCUAUUCCCGAAACACCAUGCCAAUCUCGUAGAGCUCAGUGAUGCUGUGGAGAAAUCGAAUAUUUUACGCCAACCAGAAUUAUGGAGUUAUCUUAGAAGGCGUAAAAAGCAAAAACACCGACCACGACCACGACCUCCAAAGCCUCCUAUUGAAUUUCCUAUAAGCGUUCCCGAAGAUUACGAAUAUCUUAAGCUCGCAAGCCAAGUGUUUGAUUUUUAA